AUGCCCGCAUACUUCUACCACCUGAGCUUCGAAGUCCUGCGCAGCUCUCAACCAUCCAAAUCCACGGCCGCCGACUUGUCGCUGGCCCUAGAGUCCGCAUGGGAAGCUCUGCUCCCGUUCCAGAAGCGGUCCCGGCCUUCGAGCUCAAGUCCCUCCUCCAGCAGUGGCAAUCCAGAUAAUCUACGUACCCAGUCGCACACUCCAGUCCGAGAAUUUACUCUUAACCGACGGCCUAAACACGCUCCUGCCGCUUCCUCGUCCGACUCUUCACCGCACCACGCCUCAACGCAUCCCUCUUCGCUCCCCGCCGCGCACCCCUCAAUCUCCCCAAACAGUCCCACCGACCUCGAAAACGACGUCCGCGCCGGCCCCAUUCUCAUCGAGUGCAUCGACAUGGUGGCACCAGACGACGGGCCCGGCAAACAGGCCCAAAAGCGCAGCGGCAGUGCCCCCGCCGCAGGCACCGCAGACAAUCUCGUAGCUGCGGGCAUUGGCACUGAUAUCCUAGGCGGCCUGCGCACGAAGGGCCGGUAUAUUCCGCUGGACCAGGCAGUUGGCGACAGCAUCUGGGGCAUCGUGCAUCUAUACCGCGAUGUGCAGGAGACGCCGUACCUUGCUGGGAGCGACGACGAUUAUCCAACCUACCUGAAAGGCUCGGCGGCCGCGGCGCGGCGCCCGAGCGAGCAACAGCAGCAGGCCGGGGGCGUGGUACAAGCUGGCGGGGCGAGUCGCGCGCACUCUCACACUCGCGGGAAGGGCUCUGCAGAUUUGGGGGCGUACCCGUUUCCUGUUACGGCGGCGCCGGGGUCGGGUCGGGAGGAGGAUGCGUGCUCGACGCUUUGUAUCUUGGCUGUGCCGAGUUAUUUAUCGCCGUCGGACUUUCUGGGAUUUGUCGGUGAGAAGACUAUGGAUGAUGUGAGCCAUUUCCGGAUGAUACGGACGCCGCGCGCGAAUCGGUAUAUGGUUUUGAUGAAGUUUCGAAGUGGGAGGAAGGCGACGGUGUGGCAGAAAGAGUGGAAUGGAAAGGUUUUCAACAGUAUGGAGCCUGAAACGUGCCAUGUGGUAUUCGUGAAGUCGGUCGAGAUCCAGAUUGUCGAGCCUGAUUCAUCAUCUACUGAACUCGGGGCGCUUUCACCAACUCAUAAACACCCAGUGGCAUCUGCUGGCCAGGCCACACUCUCCACAAAACCCCUCGCACCACCCACGCCAGCCCUAAUCGAACUUCCUACUUGCCCAGUCUGUCUUGAACGGAUGGAUGAAACAACAGGUCUGCUCACAAUCAUCUGCCAACACGUUUUCCACUGCACAUGUCUCCAAAAAUGGAAGGGCAGCGGCUGCCCUGUUUGUCGAUACACGCAAGAUGACUUCCGCAAGGGCCUCGUAGCCCCAGACGCCGACGAAGAGCCCACCGAGUGCAGCAUCUGCCACUCGGAGCUAAACCUCUGGGCUUGCCUAAUUUGCGGUAGUUUAGGCUGCGGCCGGUACGAUGGUGCCCACGCCUUCGACCACUGGAAACAGACUGCCCACGCCUUCGCCAUGGACCUCAACUCCCAACGCGUCUGGGACUAUGUCGGCGAUGCAUACGUGCACCGCAUUAUUCAGAGUAAAACGGACGGCAAGCUUGUCGAGCUCCCAGCAGCCGACCACUCGGCGCUCGACCCGCCUGACUGGGCCGACGCCGUGCCCCGCGAGAAACUCGAAAAUAUGAGCGUCGAGUACACCCAUCUGCUCACCUCUCAGCUGGAAAGCCAGCGCGCCUACUUCGAGGAGAUUGUCGAGCGCGCUGCCGACAAGGCGUCGCAGGCUAGUGCUGCGGCUGCGGCCGCAGAACAAGCCGCCACCACGGCGACGGCCCGUCUCGCGGAGCUGCAGGCGGAAUACUCUGCGCUCUCGUCCGAGUCUCUCCCCGGCAUGGAGCGCGAUCGUGAACGGCUCGAGAAGCGCGCCGAGAAAUUCGAGACUCUGGCACGCCGCCUGGAGAAAGAUUAUCGCGAGGAAAAAACUAUAAAUACCAGUCUGAUGGAGAGGCUGGAGCACAUGUCUGCUGAGAGGGCGGCGCUGAAGGACGAAGUUGAGGCUUUGAAAGCGCAGGUUGGGGAUUUGCAGGAGCAGAAUCGCGAUCUUACCUUCUUUAUUAGUGGAAGUCAGAAGUUGCAGGGCGCUGGAGAGGAUGUUGAGCAGGGGACUGUCAGUGUGCCGGAGCCGCCGGCGGAGACGGCGAAAAAGAAGAGGAAUCGGGGGAAGGGGAGGAAGUAG